UUCAAGAAGAAGUUCAAAAGUAUCAAAAAUGACUGGAAAUAAUGAUGAUAUAUUGGUCGAUACAUCCUCGCGUGAUCAAAGUUCACCACCAAAAAAUAGUAGUUAUAAUCCUUUCCGUGAUCCUUCAGAAAGCGAUUUGAAAUGGGCUGAACUCAUGUACAAAAUUCAUGAUGAUACAGAGUUCAUAACUAAUUAUGAGAAUGCAGUGAGUUCUGAGGAAAGAAUAAAAAUGUUGACAUAUCUCGCAAAUAAUAAUACAUUACAAAAAUUUCCAACAUCUUUUCAAAGAACAUACGAUGAUAGUGAUAAUGACGAAGGAUCUGUCUUUAAUGUAUCGGUAAGAUCAGAUGAAGCAGUCCAAAAUUACUCUGGAAUUACAUGGAAUAACCCACUAGAAUAUGUUAGAGAAUUCCAUAAAAAUGAUUACGAAUAUGAAAAAAAUCAAGAAUAUAUCAACGAACCUUUUAAAAAUGACGAAUUCAUAGAAUAUUGGCAUAUUUUCCAAGGAAAUGACACACCUUGUCUGAUUU